AUGGUGACAGUGACGGUUGUUGUUGGGGGGGGGGAUGUCACCGUGCGGCUCCACGACAGCAUCUCCGAGGAGGGUUUCCACUACCUCGUCUUUGACCUGGUGACCGGCGGGGAGCUCUUUGAGGACAUCGUGGCCCGCGAGUACUACAGCGAAGCGGACGCCAGGGACAAUGGUGGUGAUGAUGAUGAUGAGGAGGAGGAGGAGGGUUUAUCUGGUCCGGGAACACCCCACAACUCAACCCACCGCAUCCCUCUCUCCCCUUCCCGCUGCGCGACGCCCCUUCUCCGGGGGCAGCCGGAGAACCUGCUCCUGGCCAGCAAGUGCAAAGGGGCGGCCGUGAAGCUGGCCGACUUCGGCCUCGCCAUCGAGGUGCAGGGCGACCAGCAGGCCUGGUUCGGCUUCGCCGGCACCCCCGGCUACCUCUCGCCCGAGGUCCUGCGCAAGGAAGCCUACGGCAAACCCGUGGAUAUCUGGGCAUGCGGCGUCAUCCUCUACAUCCUGCUCGUGGGCUACCCGCCCUUCUGGGACGAGGACCAGCACAAGCUCUACCAGCAGAUCAAGGCCGGCGCCUACGACUUCCCGUCCCCCGAGUGGGACACGGUGACCCCCGAAGCGAAGAACCUCAUCAACCAGAUGCUGACCAUCAACCCGGCCAAGCGCAUCACAGCCCACGAGGCCCUCAAGCACCCGUGGGUCUGCCAACGCUCCACCGUGGCCUCCAUGAUGCACAGGCAGGAGACGGUCGAGUGCCUCAAGAAGUUCAACGCGCGGAGGAAGCUCAAGGGUGCCAUCCUCACCACCAUGCUGGCCACGCGGAACUUCUCGGUGGGCAGACAGACCACCGCGCCUCCUACAAUGUCCGCGGCCGCCGCCGGCGCCCCCCUGGGGCUGGUGGAACAAGCAGCGAAGAGUUUGCUCAACAAGAAGGCGGACGGUGUGAAGCCGCAGACCAACAGCACCAAAGGCAGCGCCGGUGUCACCAGCCCCAAGGGCACCCUGCCGCCCGCCGCCCUGGAACCUCAAACUACUGUUAUUCAUAACCCCGUGGACGGCAUCAAGGAGUCCUCGGACAGCACCAACACCACCAUCGAGGAUGAGGACACCAAAGCCCGCAAGCAGGAGAUCAUCAAGAUCACGGAGCAGCUCAUCGAGGCCGUCAACAACGGGGACUUCGAGGCCUACGCGAAGAUCUGCGACCCGGGACUCACGUCCUUCGAGCCCGAGGCGCUGGGCAACCUGGUGGAGGGCAUGGACUUCCACCGCUUCUACUUCGAGAACCUGCUCUCCAAGAACAACAAGCCGAUCCACACGACCAUCCUGAACCCGCACGUGCACGUGAUCGGCGAGGACGCCGCCUGCAUCGCCUACAUCCGCCUCACGCAGUACCUGGACGGGCAGGGCCGCCCGCGCACCAGCCAGUCCGAGGAGACGCGCGUGUGGCACCGCCGCGACGGCAAGUGGCAGAACGUCCACUUCCACUGCUCGGGGGCGCCCGUGGCCCCGCUC